UAAAUAUACAAACCACGACUGUGUCAACGUGCCCCCUAUAUUUAGAAAACGAAACCGAUCCUUUAAAAAAAAACCCAGCACGAUGGCGUUUCAAAUGUCCGGCGUGCUUUCUCGCAGACAUGCCUGCGGUCUGCGCCUCAGCCUGUCGCUCCAGGACGGAACCAGAGCUGCAACCGGUCCCAGAAACGGGUUCCGGUUCGGUUCGGGUACUGGGUUACCCCAGAUCCGCAAAGCUGUCCGCUUCAGGGAGCGAGCUACGCCGUUGACACCCGCAUCUGGAGUCGGGGCGAGGAUUAUUAACCAACCGCCUUUUUCUUGCAAAACUGUUUAUAAUCAUCAUCACAGGUCGACUGCACGGGGUUUUAAUUCUCCAUUCGCUGUGUUUAAUAACGCUGUCCGAGUUCCCGCUCCGUUGAUCUUUGCUAGUUCCAGUGCGCGUCGUGUCGUGUUCUGGGCAGGGGUUUUGGGUCUGACCGUGCUGGGCGGUACCGCCGCAUCCCUUCACAGGUCCGCGGUUGUGGCAAUGGCCCCGAAGCUAACCCCCGUCGACUUGGAUUCGCCAGCUUCAGACUGGAAGGAGGCGAAACGAUUCCUGGAGUCUCUCUCUCCUGCGGAGCGGCGCCGGUUCUAUCGGAGUUCGGACUUCAUCCCUCUGGAAUCUAUCCUGCCAUGGACGAGCCAAUCAGCAGAUCUCGCGGGGUCCCGCGGCGAGUUCAGGGGAGACCCCGCCCUCGACGGCAAGAUCUCGCUGUUCCGCGGUGACAUCACCAGACUGGAGGUGCACGCUGUCGUCAACGCAGCUAACAGCUCUCUGCUGGGCGGUGGUGGAGUGGACGGUUCUAUCCAUCGCUCUGCGGGUCCUCUCUUGAGACAGCAGUGUGCCUCUCUGGGGGGGUGCGAGACGGGAGACGCCAAACUGACCAGCGGGUACCGACUGCCAGCCCAGU